CUACUCCGUCGUGAUCUGAAUCUCUCUCAAAUCCAAACUCUCUUCUCUCUCCAUAGGCCGCCCCUAAAUCUCCGCUAAAGCCCUAGCAAAGGUAAUCGUUUCUCAAUCAAUCGGAUAGAUAUAUGUGAUGGCUGGAGGAAAGGAGGAACUGCAUACAUUUGAUUUUUCAAAAGAGGUCGGAUUCACUUCGUGUUCAUCAAUUUCUGAUAGUAGCUGUGAUGCUAACACACCGCGAUCUCACUGCAGUCGUUUAAGCGGUGGUCAAACUAAACGUUCAUCACAAGCAGGCUGGACAGAUGAAGAGGACACUAUGUUGACUGAAGUAGUGAAGAAGUAUAACGGGAGAAACUGGAAGAAAAUAGCUGAAUCUAUUCCAGGAAGAUCAGAUGUUCAGUGCUUGCAUCGUUGGCAAAAAGUUCUUAACCCUGAUCUUGUUAAAGGACCUUGGACCAAAGAGGAGGAUGAUCGUAUUAAGGAGUUGGUUGAAAAACAUGGCUGUAAGAAAUGGUCACUAAUUGCAAAACAUUUAGCUGGUCGAAUUGGCAAGCAGUGUCGUGAGAGAUGGCACAACCAUUUAGAUCCAGCAAUAAAGAAAGAUGCAUGGACAGAAGAAGAAGAAUCAUCUCUCGCAUACUACCACCACAUAUACGGGAACAAAUGGGCAGAAAUUGCAAGAUUUCUUCCAGGAAGGACUGAUAAUGCGAUUAAAAACCACUGGAAUAGCUCGAAGAGGAGAUUGGAUCUAAACAUCCCUCCUGUUUUUCCUACUAGAACAGCAUCCCCUGAGCUUAGAAAGAGAAAUGUUCCAAAUACAUGUUCAACAAAUCUGGCUCUUGGAAACCCUAAAUCUGUUAUUACGGAUGAUGAUAAUUUGGGGUUUUCUAGAUAUACAAAAAUCCGUAAGGUUGAACCAUCCGAUAGUUCUCUUACAACGUCUGAAACGCCUAAAAGCGAAGGGAAAUCUCAAAAAUUAGUUUGUGGAACACCUUCUUAUGGGUCCUUGUGUUACCAGCCACCACAGCUGAAGAACUUAGCGAUUUCUUUAGAAAACAACCAUUUUUAUUGCUCGACUCCUCCUGAUCUUGCAUUAAGCAUCUCUGUUAGUAGUCCAGAAUCUAUUUUGAGGAAUUCGGCAAUGAGUUAUAAGAACACUCCUUCAAUUAUAAGGAAGAGAACUCCAAGAAAAUCCGUUAGUGCAACAUCUAGUUAUGAUUUCAGCAAAAAUGUGGAGACUAUUGAAUCGGGAAACACAAACCGGGGUUCGGAAUCUUGGCUUCAUCGAUCUCAACCAUCGUUAGGAAGGCGUCUGGAUUAUAUGUUUGAUUCAGAAUGGGACCCAACCAUGGAGGAUAUAUCUUUUGAUGGUGGUGCAAUGGAAGUUUCAGCCUUACCGGAGAAGACAAAGCUACGUAACACAUACAUACACAUCAAGGGUUUUCGAGACCCAAUUGUAGGUUCCGACGGUGGUUGCCAGAAUAACCGUUGGUGGAUGUCGAUUUUGACUAGAGAGGUUGUCAGUGUUUACUAG